AUGCAUUCCCUUCCCCUCCACCAACUCCCCCUCGAAACUCCAUCCCCGUCGGAAGUCCUUGAUUUACACUCCGGUGCCACCGGCUACCGCUGGAUCCUGUCCGAUACGGAGAGAGGCCAUAUCGCAGACAUGCUCGAUGUCGAGAACAAGGACCUCCUCACCGUGCGCGGAAACCGCAUGAUGCAGGGGCGUGCGAUCUGUAUGGGCUGCGGCAAGCACUCUGGCCUCGAUGACCUGGUCCACAACGCGCUGUAUGCGGGCAUCCACGGCAGGGACUUCAUGUUGGAUGUGUUACUCAAUGGAGCCAAGAACGAUAGUCCUGGCCAUGAGAUUGUUUGCUCGGGCUGUGGCACUGUACACGAGGGGCUUUUCUGGUGGAUUCCUUCGGAUCCUUGGUGA